GUACCGGACUUAUUACAAAAUUUUACUGUGUUAGAAAUUGCGGAAAAGUAUGAAAAGACACCCGCUCAGAUAUUACUCAAGCACAUUAUCCAAAGGGGUAUUGCAGCCAUACCGAAAAGCGUCAAUGCAUCGAGAAUUAAAGAGAACAUCGAAUUAUUCGAUUGGGAACUCGAAGCUGAAGAUUUCGACAAGUUAAAUGAUCUUGACAUGGGAGAAUCCGCACGCAUAUGUGAUUUCAGUUUUUUCAAAGGUGUGUUAAAGCACCCAGAAUUUCCUUUCUAAGAUUUCCUUUUCAACAUUAUUUCUUAUAUAUGCUCCAUGUCUAUUCUUUUUUUAUUUCUCGUUGUUGUUACGUAUGCGUGAUAUAUACAAUAUAGUUUUGUGAAAUAACAAUCUUUAAAUUUUAACGAUUGUUAUUUCACAAAACUAUCAGAAUCCAAUAAGUAAUCAAUGUUUAUUUUAAUUGUCUUAUUUUGUUUUUUAUGUUAUAUAUGGCAAUUUAAAGUUUGUUAUUUCAUAUUGAAUUUUAUCGUAAUCUAGUAAAUAAUUAAUGCUUGUUGCAACUGUUGCUAUCUUAAACGUGUAUAUAUAUACACAUACACCCCUUGCUUCUACUGUUGUAAUUCUUACUGAGUCAAAUAAAAUUGUUUAACAAAUCGUUUGAUAGAUAAUAAAAGCAAUUACAUAUA